AUGGAGUCUACUCUACAUGUGUUAUGGCAUUGCCCAUUUGCAAGAGGGGUCUGGGCCUGUGCUUUAAUUGGCAGCGGUGGUAUCCCUCGACAAUACCACCAUGUGCAUGAUUGGGUCCUCUCACGUAUUGACCAUUUAUCCUAUGCUGACUUGGACCUCUUUUUUGUUACUGGUCGGGUAAUCUGGGAGGCUCGAAAUGACAAACUAUGGAAUAGCCAAACACCCAAACCAGAAUUCACAAGCUCUAGUGCUGCUGUUCGUCUACAUGAUUUUGUUCGUGCUCGCCCCCAGGGGGCUGCUCUCGGUAAGGUGUUAUGCACAGAAUUAGGCCCAAACAGGAGGUUAAACCUCAAAUAA